UCCGCAGAGCCUCAGCGCCGCGGAGGGGCGGUUUGCUGCUGAAGUCAGUGACGCGCACAGCAUCCUGCCUAUAGGAUGUGAGGCUUUCUCAGUGCAGUUGUUUUUCUACCCACUUUAAACCUUCAGGUUCUACACAUCAGGAAAGAUAGGAAAUGCCGUAUGAAAAUAGGCGGCCAAAAGUUGCUAGUAAACUGCAGCCAGGGAGACUCAGACUAGAGUGGAGGUAGAAAGAGUUGCUACAGAGUGGGUUUAGUUCUGGCUGACUUUUUGUUGCUAACUUACUGAAUUUAGACAUGUGUUACAUUGGUCAUGCAAGGACCAGAGCAGCACCAGCAUCAGAAUAGUGCCGGCCGUUCUGAAUGCCAUGGUGUAUAUGUACUCAGAGUAUUUUUGUCAAAGAAGAUAAAGAGCCCAGCAUAGAUUUUAUCCUCAUCUUCACCCAACUACAAAAUCAAAGUUAAGCAACAGCAUCUAAGAGCCCUUUUCAGGGGGGCAAGAACCUAGAGGAUGGCUCUGAAUGAUUGUUUGCUUUUGAACUUGGAAGUGGACCACUUCUUGCACUGCAACAUCUCCAAUCACAGUGCAGAUCUCCCCACCAACGACGACUGGUUCCACCCAGGGAUCUUCUAUGUCAUCCCUGCCAUCUAUGGGGUCAUCAUUCUGAUAGGCCUCGUCGGCAACAUCACCCUGAUCAAGAUCUUCUGUACGGUGAAGGCCAUGCGAAAUGUGCCCAACCUGUUCAUCUCCAGUCUGGCCUUGGGAGACCUGCUCCUCCUGGUAACGUGCGCUCCGGUGGAUGCCAGCAGGUACCUGGCCGACAGAUGGCUGUUUGGCAGAAUUGGCUGCAAACUGAUCCCCUUUAUACAGCUCACCUCGGUGGGGGUGUCUGUCUUCACACUCACGGCUCUCUCGGCGGACAGGUACAAAGCCAUCGUCCGGCCAAUGGAUAUCCAGGCCUCUCACGCUCUGAUGAAGAUCUGCCUCAAAGCUGCAUUGAUCUGGAUUAUCUCCAUGCUUUUGGCCAUCCCAGAGGCUGUGUUUUCUGAUCUACAUCCCUUCCAUGAGGAAAGCACCAACCAGACCUUCAUUAGCUGUGCCCCAUACCCACACUCUAAUGAGCUACACCCCAAAAUUCACUCCAUGGCUUCCUUCCUGGUCUUCUACAUCAUCCCACUGUCGAUUAUCUCUGUCUACUACUACUUCAUUGCUAGAAAUCUGAUCCAGAGUGCUUACAAUCUGCCUGUGGAAGGGAAUAUACAUGUCAAGAAGCAGAUUGAAUCCCGGAAGCGCCUUGCCAAGACAGUGCUGGUGUUCGUGGGCCUCUUUGCCUUCUGCUGGCUCCCCAACCACAUCAUCUACCUGUACCGCUCCUACCACUACUCUGAGGUAGACACCUCCAUGCUCCACUUCAUCACCAGCAUCUGCGCCCGCCUCCUGGCCUUCACCAACUCCUGUGUGAACCCUUUCGCCCUCUACCUGCUGAGCAAGAGUUUCAGGAAACAAUUCAACACCCAGCUCCUCUGUUGUCGGCCUGGCCUGAUGACCCGCUCUCAUAGCACUGGCAGAAGUACCACCUGCAUGACCUCCUUCAAGAGCACCAACCCCUCCGUGGCCACCUUCAGCCUCAUCAAUGGAAACAUCUGUCAUGAAGGGUACGUCUAGGCUGCUCCUUGACCCUGUCACCCCAGGGGUCCCAGGUUUUGCUUUAUGGCUAAAGAACCCUCACAUCUGUUGUUGUCUCUAUACCCUCCAAAGACCCUUUGGUAGGCUAUGAGUUUGUAGGCAGGUUGCAGAGAAGCCCAAAUGGAUUGCUGUGAUGUUUGAAAGGCGCAUCGAGGCUUAUGUUUUCCAUUUCAACUUCUGAAUGCUUCUUCUGAUGUAGAGCCAACUCUCCCCUUUUUAGAAAAGGGAAUAAGAAAUUAUUCUUUUAAGCAUCAAGUCCUGAUAUAUGGCUAUGGCCAAUUAAGUCAUAGAAACUCUAUGAGCCACCAGAUUUAUAUAGCUGAAAAAUUAUACAUUAAAUGUCCACUUUGUGAAAGACUUCACCUUGUCAUUUCUUAAAGCAGAAACUAGCGCUUUAAAAAUAUGAUUUGAAUAAUUUUUCAGGAAUAUUUAUAAUUACAAACCAAGGAACUGUUUUUUACACUCCUAACAUGAAAGCCAACCCUAUGAAAAAGUCCCAUGUAUGAGGGACCAUUCCCAAAUUGAUAACACUGGAAGCCAGUUUAAAACAAAUCCCUGAGUGUUGAUUGUUUUUAAAAGAUGUUACUGGGGACAUAGGAGAAACACUCAACACAUCAUUUUAAGGCAAAAAUACAACCAAACACAUAGACACACUACAAAGAUCCAUGUGAGGCUGUGGAUUGAUAUCUCACACUCUGAAUUCUAACUCAGUGGAGAUCCUUUUUGCUGUUUCCCCAUUUCAAUCAUCCAUGGCAUAGUUAGUUCUAUCAUAGAACAGAAAUCCUUGUGGGAAAAAACUGAUCAUACUCUCAAUUCAUUAUUUAUAAGUACAUAAAGUAUAGUAUUUAUUUUUGGUAUACAGAUUUUCAGCCAAAUGUAUCUACUUAGAUUUGGCUGUCCUUGUCUGCUACAUUGAAGCAGUAAUUUCUUAUGGAAAGAAAAAGGAGGGGGGAAUCACAUCUGAGUGGAAACAGAAACAUGUUUACAUUUAACACAUUUAACAUAUGCUUACCUAAAGUCUGUGGGAGGAAAUGAAUAAAAUUUCAGUAAUAUAUAUUUCUGUUUGAAUAUGUCUAAGUCAUUUACAGGGGGCUUAGCUUUCAGAACGGAUUGUAAAAGAGCUACAGAUACAUUAAGUUUCUAGUUAAGAAUAGUAUUUAUGCAACAGCCGUGUGUAGAAAAAUACAGGACUGAAAUCUUAUUUUUCUGAGUAAAGAGAUCUGACGAUCUUACUUUAGAAACCCUGAACCAAGUUUUUCUUGACUCCAGGAUAGGCCGAUUCUGACAGACUGCAAACAUGUUAACCCACUUUCAGAUAAACCCAGAUUCUGCAAAUGUGCCCUAAGGUGUAUCCCUCACAUCCAAAGACGAUUUUAGUUCUGGUUUUCUCUGUCCAAGUGAGAAGGAACUGUCAGCUCUCUUUUCCACAGGGCCUGUAUGAAAACACUUUCAUCUCUCGAUAAAAGGACGUGCUCACUGCCUGCAGAGCUUUAGAAGUUAGCACAGAGACCGUUGUAAAGACCUGUGUUUACAGCUGUAUUAGCUGGAGUGAGACCUCUUCACUUCUGUCUGCUGCAUGCACUUCUAUACUGUACCCACCUGCUUUCCUGGUAGUCAGCCCAUAAUGACACUGGACAGUUUGAAAAGCAAGACAGGCAGUGUAGCUGAAAGGACCGAGAUUUGUAGCUGGACAUCCCAACUCUGCCUACGUAUGAGUUUAGCUGUCAGCUUCCCUUCUCUCAACUCAUUUUUUCAUCUCUAGAAGGAGAGGACAGUACUAAAAUCCCUCUAUUGCGAAAAUCCUUUGAGUCUUGUCAUUGUUUCUAGUUCUGUCUCUAAAGCAUUUACACAGCCCACCCGCUCACAGCUGCCCCACUUCUGCUACGUUUGCAACAACUCCUCUUGGGAGACCCUUCAACCCACCUUCUACAGUCCUGUUCACACUAGUGGAAUGGAAGGAGACAGACACUGGAAUAAUUUGUAUGAAUCAUGUCCCAGUAGCUUGUUAUGUUUUGGAAUUAAAGCUGAAAGACACAUAAGAAAACAUAUUGCUCGAUCUCCUCAUUAUACAAAGGGUACUUUUCCUGCUCACCUCCAACCUCCAUGCACCUGUCAUCAUGAACUACUACCCCACGAUUUUACCCUUGGAUUUCUUCAAAACUCUUGAGUAUGCAGUGACUUCGUACCUAGUUAGGGGCUGCAGUGUCUGGCAUUCUGGGUACAUAGUGUGACUUGCAGAUCUCUGAUCUACCUGCUUUCAAAGACAUUUUGGGAGUAGGACUCGUCUUAAUGUCUCCUUCAGGUAACAUCGUGGCAUAGAUUGUGUCGGUCUCCUCCCUAGCUUCUGGACAAACAGUGAGGAGAUUGAAGUCUAGGUCUAGCUGUGUGUCAUGAGACCAAUCUUAUCACCUCUUUGGGACUCCUGAAUGAAAGGGUUGGAGAAGGCCUCUGCCAGCCAGUGACCCAGAACUGGUAAAACUAUUCUGUGAAUCAGCUGAACGAUGGACCCAAACCUUCUUAUUGGGAUGGACUUUGCCAGGCCCUUCUCUAGGGAAGUCAACUUCUUAUUCCACCUCAAGAACCUAGAAUUACGGUGAGAGACACCCCAGCCCCCACGUGAUAUCACCUCCCUGUUAGGGCAGAGUGUGGCAGGGGCUGGAGCUAAGACAUUUCACGCCUGGCUUUCAAAGAUAAUCAGGUUUAGCACUUAUGUCUUUGGUGAGGGAAAAAAAUCAAUUUUUGCCAUGGAAAACCAUCUGUGUUUAUUCAAUUGACAGACACUACCUUUCAGUCUAUCUUAAAUUGAGCCUCCCUGAGGCAGGCAGCUCAACAGUGAUAGAUGAAGCAAUAAAGCAAGGCAGUCUUCCCACCAACGGCUGCUGCUGGCAGGGAAGGCACAGCUGCUGUGAGGAGCCAUAUUCUCCAGCAAGGUGGUCCUCCCUGCCUGGCGCAGAUGAGGCCCCUCCCUGUUGGUGAUCUGUUGGUUCCCCAUAAAUGUGGAUGGCUAAACCCUGUUCUUCUGGCUGCCCUCACUCCCCCUCACUGAACCUGGCCUUCUGCCCCAUUAAUGAGCCCUGGAUUUCCCUCUUUGCUACACAAACCAUUUGGUUUCGGGUUCAUCUUGAAGGAUGGCGAACCCUUAAGUAGAGAAACAGUUUAGAGGCUGCUUCAGAUGAACCAAACUCAGCUUGUUAUGAAAAUGCCCACUGGACAGAAAUAAAUGAACUUGUCCAUAGGAUACGGGCACACCGAAGUUAUAAAGUCUUGGUUUACGCCAAAAGUACAGGUGGUUAGUGGUUUCAGAGUCUAUUCAUGUACCAAAUGUCUUCUAGGAAUAGAGAGUAGCUUUGUUUGGGGGCUACAAGUUGAAUGACAUCCUCAAUCUGUGGACUAAAAGGUGGCUAAGUCACUUUCCCAAAAGCCAGAUAGAAAUGAUCGCCCUGAGACCCUGACCAUAUGAGAACUGAAUGAAUAGU